AUGUCCCGCGGCAACCAGCGUGAGAAGGCCCGUGAGGCUAACCUCAAGAAGCAAGCUGCUCAGAAGAAGGUCAACAGCAAGAGCGGUACUGAGAUGCAGCGCGACAAGGAAACUGUCGCCGCCCUCAUGAGGGCAAAGCAGGCGGCCGCCGACGCGAAGAGGGCUGCUGAGGCUGCCAAGAAAUAA